AAAUUUCAAGACGUUUUGAAAUUUAGGGUUCUUGAGAAUGAGGGCUGGAUCGCGCGAGGUCGCGGAGAGCUGCCUGGAUGGAAUCACGAUGGAGAUGGUGGCGACUUACUGCGACAGGCUACAUUCUUCCAAGCCGGAUCUGGCCGCUCGCCGGAUCGAGGCGAUCGGCUUCCAGGUGGGACAGCAGCUCGCGGAGAGAUUGGUUCCAGUGGAUCUGCUUGCUUGCGUGAAUUUUCCUUUUGGAUUGAUCUUAUACACAAGAGAUCGUCCGCGAUUCACAGAUCACUUGGAAGUCAUCAAGUUCAUAUGCAAGGAUUUCUGGGCGGAGGUUUUCAAGAAGCAGAUUGACAAUCUCAAAACAAAUCACCGGGGCGUGUUUGUUCUGCAAGACACUCGCUUUAGAUGGCUAACUCGCAUCUCCGUGGACUCGCCUCUCACUCCCUCGGAAGCCAACAACACCACGCUCGCCGCAGCCCAAGCCGGAGGAAAGUAUCUCUACUUCCCUUGCGGAUUGAUCCGUGGAGCUCUCACGAAUCUCGGCGUUCCAUGCGCGGUUUCGGCAGAGAUCGCCGCCUUGCCUGCUUGCUCCUUCAUCAUCCGGAUCAAAGUCUAACUAGACAGAGAAGUAAGCAUUUCGUGUCGUGUCCUCCAUUUUCCUUCCAGAGCGUAAAAUUCUCGCAAAGAUCGAAGAAGCUACUAGAUAUAUACAAGGAAUGAUCCAGAGAAUUCAUACAAGCGCUGUCGUGGCCGUUUUCCAGAGGUACGAGGCCGUGUUUCUGAGCUACGUGGCAGCCAAACGACAAUAUGCCAGAAUCUUUGGUGGUCCUAGAGAGGUAUCAUUCAAUAGAAGUUUGACAAUACGAGGCAGCCAUACGAAUAUGGGGCUAGGCGUGAUUGGUGCCUUGUGGCGAACUACAGCCUUCACACAUAGACCAUGGAAAAAUCAAAUAUCGAAGAUUGGAUACAAUGUUAUAUCCCAAGCCUUGUGGAAUUUAAUCACAUUCACAAGGUUU